UUUAGAGCAAACAAAGAAGAUUCUGGGACAUAUUUGUGUAAAGCUGAAAAUCUUCUUGGCUCAGUUACAAAAGGAACAUUUCUUAUUGUUGUUGAGCUGCCAAGAUUCAGCAUCAAACCUCCUACAUCACUCGUCACCCUUCCUGGAAAAACUGUUCGUCUCAAUUGUAAAGCUACAGGAGAGCCUAAACCAGUCAUAACAUGGAGAAGAGAAAAUGGCGUUCUUCCUAUUGGCAGGCAUGAAGUAAGAGAUGGUUCUUUGAUCCUCAAAGAUUUUACGACAACAGAUUUUGGUGCAUAUAUUUGUACUGCAACAAGUGCUGGUGUUUUUAACAAAGAAUGGAGAUCCACUAUCAAGGCUCACUUUAGAGAUUGUUCUGAAAUCUUCCAAUCAGGAGAGAGACGUAAUGGCAAAUACAUAGUGAAUCCUGACAACCAAGGUAGCUUCCAAGUGUACUGUGACAUGACAACUGACGGUGGGGGAUGGACUGUGUUUCAACGUCGUAACAAUGGAUCGGUCGAUUUUUAUCUCAAUUGGCAACAAUACAAAACAGGUUUUGGAAACCUGAAUGGCGAGUUUUGGUUGGGUAACGAUUACAUUCAUCGACUGACAGCAAGGACACCAUCAAGUCUUCGCGUGGAAAUCGGGGACUGGGACGGAAAUCGGAUUUUUGCCAAAUAUGGUAGCUUUAGUGUAGGUGAUGAGUCAGACAAGUACAGGUUGAGUGUUGGCGGGUAUUCGGGUACAGCUGGAGACUCAAUAACAUAUAGUAACAACAGGGCUUUUACCACCAUAGAUAGAGAUAACGAUGGUCGUUCAGGCGGUAAUUGUGCAGUGAUGCGUACCGGUGCGUGGUGGUAUGGAAACUGUGCAUACUCUAAUCUUAAUGGAAAGUAUUUAGGAAACGUAGUUGAGAAGGGUGGCUUAUAUUGGUUACAUUACAAAAAUAACUUGCAGUCUUUUAAAAUAAGUGAAAUGAAGCUUCGACCACAAAACCAUAAAUAAGUAGAUCAUUGUCAUGGAAUGAUAGACUCUGAACAUUUUACGUCACCGCUGGGUUUUCAAUGCAUUGUGGGAUCAGUUUCUAGAGAAAACAAAAAAAAUUCCACUAUGUUACGUUCUAACCCAAUCCUGCAAUGCAUUCUUUAUAUGGUAUACGUUCGUAACAUAAAGGCUUCAGAGAUCUAUUGAUAUAUAGCGUGUGAUCUGAUGAUGUCCGUAUGUCAGAGCUCAAAAAUAAAACUUUUUUUAAUAAGAAAGAGAGAAAUAUAGAAAAUAUGUUUAUCCACAUCAUCAAAUGCAACGU